CCAAACACGCCUCUCUUUCUCUCUUCUCCAUCAGAGACAACAACAAGACUCAUUGAAGAAGAAAGAAAGAAAGAAAAGAAAAGAAAAUGGAGGGAACAUAAAAGCCGCCAUUAUUAGCCAUACACUUCUAAAUCUUUUAUGCAAUUUCGGGUUUUUGGUGGGGUUGGUGGUGGAGAUGUGAUUCUUAUUUAUGAAGGGAAUUGGAGUUUCCCAGUCCGAGGUAAACGCUUCACAUUUCCUUUUUUAUCCGUCUCAAAAUAAGGUUUCACUUUUUCUAUAAAGAAAGAAUUGUGUGGCCUAAUCACGCAAUUUUCCCUUUCAUAAUAACUGUGUUGGGUCAAAUGUGAAUCCUUAUUUUGGGACUGCCCAAGUAGAGAUCUCAAACUUAGCUUGUUGAUUUUUUGUUUCCUUUUCAACUCUUAAAAUUUAGGGGAAUUAAUGGAAGAGAUGUCUCCAGCAGUAUCCUUUACACUCCGGUUAAGUGACACAAUCGUUGAUAGCCCUACGGCAGGGAUUACUAGGCUGAAAAUUGUGGCUGAUGGAAGCAGUUGCAAUGGUGCGAAAGUUGAUGGAACUAAAUCAACUAAUGAAAUUAAUAGUGAGGAGUUGACCUCACAGAUAAGAUUGCCAAUUGCUGUUGAGUUUGAAGGCAUUGAUAGUGGCCAAAUUGUUACUAAGGUUAUAAGUGUGGAAAAACAAAGUUUUGAAGAUAUUUCUUCUUGUCCCCAUUCGAAUAAAGGAGGUGUGAAGAGUGUGUUUGAAUUGGAUUGUGUGCCAAUAUGGGGUUAUGUGUCUGUACGUGGAAAGAGCCAAGAAAUGGAAGAUGCAACCAUGGCAGCUCCAUACUUUAUGAGAAUUCCUAUUAAGAUGUUCAUUGGGGACCGUGUGAUGGACGAUGGGCUUAGCCAAACUUUGAGUCACCUAACUUCUCAUUUUUUUGGAGUUUAUGAUGGUCAUGGAGGAUCCCAGGUUGCCAACUACUGCCGGGAACGAAUCCAUUUGGCUUUAGCUGAAGAGUUGAAAUUUUCCAAUGAUGAUUUAAUGUGUGAUAACAGUUCAAGGGAUGUUAGGCAAUUGCUGUGGGAGAGGGCAUUCAGAAGCUGCUUUCUGAAGGUUGAUGAUGAAGUCGGAGGAAAAGUGGGCAUGGAAGAUGAUGCGGCUGGAAAAUCCGACCCCAUUGCCCCUGAAACCGUGGGAUCCACAGCUGUGGUUGCAGUGAUUUCUUCUUCACAUAUUGUAGUUGCAAACUGCGGGGAUUCAAGAGCUGUCCUUUAUCGCGGUAAACAAGCCAUGGCUUUGUCAAUUGAUCACAAACCAAAUCGCCAAGACGAGUGUACAAGAAUUGAAGCUUUAGGUGGCAAGGUUAUACAGUGGAAUGGACAUCGCGUUUUCGGUGUUCUUGCAAUGUCAAGGGCUAUUGGUGACAGAUACUUGAAGCCAUGGAUCAUACCAGAACCAGAAGUGACAUUCGUCCCGAGAGCCAGAGAUGACGAAUGCCUUGUUUUGGCCAGCGACGGCCUGUGGGAUGUGAUGACAAACGAGGAGGCGUGUGAAGUGGCAAGAAAGAAGAUCCUGGUUUGGCACAAGAAGAACGGGGGGCCGAAGCCUUCCGAGAGGGGCGCAGGGGUUGACCCUGCUGCACAAGCAGCAGCAGAUUACCUCUCCAUGCUUGCCCUCCAGAGGGGAAGCAGAGAUAACAUCUCUGUCAUUGUUGUGGACUUGAAAGCUCAAAGGAAGUUCAAGACCAAAUCUUAGUUGACCAUUCAUCAUCUCUAAUGCUGCACAAUUCAUGCAAGCCCAUGAAUUGCAUCUUGUCAUUAUCAUUUCAUGAUUUUUGCCCAUUCUUUUUUCAUGUGGGCUUGAAGUGUGUGCAUGGCAAUAGUGCUUAGUAUUUGUAUUUGUAGAAACCCUUACUAAAAAGGACUUCUUUUUCAGACUUUGGUAUAUAUAUGGUCAUGUACAAAUCUAAUGCUCGGUGUGUUAUGUGUUAUAAGUAUGAUGCAGAAAAAGGGAGUUGAAAAAUCAGUAAAAUGUACUCUCUUUG